AUGUCUUCGAUUUUUCCAGGUUUCUCAUCUGAACCGGUACUUCUAAACAAAAGAGGUCCCGGUCUGGCAAAUAAACCUUCUAACCAGACUGGUUUGAACAUUUUCCUUUUGGAAAAAGAUGAGCGGCGAAGGAAACGAAGAAAAUCAAACCGGGAAUCUGCUCGACGGUCGAGGAUGAAGAAACAAAAACACCUAAACGACGUGAGAAGCCAGCUUAACCAGCUCAAUACAGAGAACCACGAACUAGGAAACAAGCUCCGGUACGUUAUGCACCAUUGUCAACACGCCAAUAUGGAAAACGAUCGUCUGCGACUGGAACACCAGAUUCUACGUGAUAAGCUGUUAAACUUACGACAAGCUUUGAUGCUGAGGAAAUUCCAGCAGAGUUCUACGUGUGCCACUUGGUCGUGCGUUAACAGUACCGUUGUAACGGUCCAUCAGAAUCCGUUAAUGCUAAGAGAUCACGUAAUUUGA